AUGGGCAAAAUUUGUACGCUCAGCUGUAAAGCUUCUUGGCUAAAUCUUGCCCAAUUGCCGAUUGACCUUUAUGGUCAGCACUUUCUGCAAAGUUUGUCCGGGGACUUUCCCCAAAGCGAGUUGGAAAAUCUCGAGAUUAGACAAUCUCCUUUCCCGUAUGUAGCUUUGCCGGCGAACCUUCGCUAUGUCUCGGGAUUUAUAUUACAGCAGAACCAUUUACGAUGGCUAGUGGACCAUGAGAAGUAUGCAAAAAUCACCGGGUUUAUUACAGCGUUAACAAAGAUAUUCCAUCGUGUUGAAUUAUUCAGUCCCUGCUUUCCAUUCCAGCUAGAUGAUUCAUUGGUUCUAGACAAUGGAUGCCAUCCAGAUGUUGCGUUCAAAGUAAAUGACUUAUUCGUAUUAGGCAAUCCAAUCCAAUCUAAUAACUCAUUUCCAUCCAUCAAUCCGUUCCGACCUGAAGUUCCAUUUAUUUCUGAUGAUCUAUUCUGUUCAAAAGAUCUAUAA